ACAUCACGAUGGUGAUUGUGAUCCUGAAACUGAUCCAAAUUGUGACCUAGUGAAAAGACAUCACGAUGGUGAUUGUGAUCCUGAAACUGAUCCAAAUUGUGACCUGGUGAAAAGACAUCACGACGGUCCUUGCGAUCCUGAAACUGAUCCACUUUGCGUGUGA